GUGUACGUUUGCAUGGCUGUCAUGUGGGCUUUUCCGUUGAAUCUGGUUGACAAAUAUUAAUCCAUGCAGGGCUAUAUAGACUGUCACUGUCAUAUAUCUGCUGCAGAUUUUGACAGUGACAUCGUUGAAGUCAUUGAGGAGUCUAAAAGGGCUGGGCUUGUUGCCCUUCUCGCUGUAGCAGAGCAUGCAGGAGAAUUUGAGAAGAUUAUACAGCUCUCACAACGGUUCCACGGAUUUGUUAUACCAUGUCUUGGAGUUCAUCCUGUCCAGGGUCAGGAUCCAGCACAACCCAGAGGAGCUGUACUUCAGGAUUUAGAUGCUGCUUUACCCCUGAUUGACAAAUACAAGGAACACAUUGUGGCUAUCGGUGAGGUCGGCCUGGACUUUACGCCCCGUGUGGUCAGCAGUGAUGAGGGAAAAGACAGUCAGAGACAGGUCCUCAUUCAACAGGCACAUGUCGCAAAACGGUUAAACCUCCCACUGAACGUCCACUCAAGAUCUGCAGGAAGACCAGCCAUCCAUCUUUUGAAGGAGUUAGGUGUCGAGAAUGCUCUACUACAUGCAUUUGAUGGCAAACCCUCAGUUGCAAUGGAGGGUGUGAAAGCUGGAUAUUACUUCUCUAUACCUCCAUCUAUUGUACGAAGUGAUCAGAAGCAGAAACUUGUGAAGCAGAUUCCUCUGGAGAGCAUGUGUUUAGAAACUGAUGCUCCUGCACUGGGACCAGAAAAGCAGGUGAGGAAUGUACCACGGAAUAUCAGCAUUGGUGCGGAAUGUAUCGCCAAAAUCAAAGGAGUACCUUUGGAGAGGGUCAGGGAGGUCACCACACAGAAUGCUCUGCGUCUCUUUCCUAAAUUAAAGACAUUUAUUAAAGCGUGACUUUCAAUGCAGAUGUAUUUGAAUAAUUCGGGGGGGGGGUUGUUUAUCAAUAAUUGUGAUUUUGAGAAAGUGUCUACUUUCUUUCAAAGGUCUUUACUCGUCAUCUUUAAAAAUGUAACAAAUGUUUUAUCAUUUGAAAAGAUUCUGUCGUUCACCCUCAUGGCAAUCAAAACUUGUACAUGUUCAGUAGAACACAAAAGAAGAUAUUUUGAGAAAUGUCUCAGUGGUUUUGUGUUCAUACAAUUGAAUUAAGUGGGGUUCAGUGAUGUUUGGCUAUCGACAUUCUUCAAAAUAUCUUCUUUUGUGUUCGGUAGAAGAAUGAAACUCUUUUCAAUUUUUUUUGUAUUUCGUCAUUAUUGUAUUCACAUGAAGUAAAACUAAACUUCUGUCAGUCUUUUAGGUCAUGGCACUGCGAGCAAUAACUCCGGUCAUCUCUGUAUGUUUCUGUUUGAAUGGUGAUAUUGUCGAAUCCGUAUUCUGACCGGAGUAGUUUGUUCAUGUCCAUCAGUACGGUCUGUGGGUCUGUUUGCUCAUCUGGAAAAUAAAUCGUUUGGGUUAAGACUACCGGAUGAUUUUGUUUUUAACAUUA